UGGAUACAGCAGCGGAGUGACACCUCCUGUCUCAUGUCUGCCUCUGUGCUCGCUGCUUUAGGAAACGUGGCCUUACCGCCUGAGCGGUAGCAGCAGCAGCGCGUCAGCGUCAGUCACAGGACCGUUACCGGUGUGGAUGAAUGAGAAUCACGCCACUCUCUGUCUCUGCCUCCUCCACACACACGCGCGCGUCUGUCAGCUACACCAGCCCGUUUCUGAAGAACCAUGUCUGAGGCAGAACCAGCCCCGGCCUCGGCCUCGGAGGCCGCCGCCGCCGCGAUCUUGGACGCCCUGAACACCACAGACUCGAACGGCACCGAGGUGCUCAACGCCACGGCUAAAUUCGUGGCCACACCAGAGGGCACGGCUCUGGCGUACGGCAGCCUGGUGUUCAUGGCGCUGCUGCCCAUCUUCUUCGGAGCCUUGCGCUCCGUCGACUGCUCCAAAUCUAAGGAGCUGGGAGAGAAUGGUAGCGGUUCUGGUUUCUGCAAUGCAGCAGACAUGCCUGAAACCAUCACCAGCAGAGACGCGGCGAGGUUUCCCAUCAUCGCCAGCUGCACGCUGUUCGGACUCUACCUCUUCUUUAAGGUGUUUUCUCAAGAGUACAUCAACCUGCUGCUGUCCGUCUACUUCUUCGUCCUGGGCGUCCUCGCUCUGUCUCACACGAUGAGUCCUCUGAUCUCCAGAAUCUUUCCAGAUUCUUUCCCAAACAAACAGUUCCAGCUUCUCUUCACUCAAGGCUCUGGAGAGUCCAAAGAAGAAAUCGUGAACUACGAGUUUGACAACAAGAACCUGAUCUGUUUAGUGGUCAGCAGUGUGGUGGGAGUCUGGUACCUGCUCAAGAAGCACUGGAUAGCCAAUAACCUGUUUGGUUUGGCGUUUGCUCUGAACGGCGUUGAGCUGCUCCACCUGAACAACGUCAGUACCGGCUGCAUCCUGCUGGGGGGACUGUUUGUCUACGACGUAUUCUGGGUGUUCGGGACCAACGUCAUGGUAACGGUUGCUAAGUCCUUUGAGGCUCCGAUCAAAUUGGUGUUUCCUCAGGAUCUUUUAGAGAAAGGUCUUCAGGCCAAUAACUUUGCGAUGUUGGGUCUCGGUGACAUCGUCAUCCCUGGAAUCUUCAUCGCUCUGCUGCUGCGCUUUGACGUCAGGUAAUAAGCCCCGCCCCUU